CUGGGACACGAACACGAUCGUCAAUCAAUCAUCUUCUUCCUCGACGCCAAAGGAGCUUCAUUUUCAAAUCUGUGAGAGAUCUCUGAUACUUUUUCCUCCUCUCUUGGGAUUAGCCUUUCUCUCUUCUUCAAUCGGAUUGCCCCGAUCGCAUUGAUUUUGCAACAUAUAUUCACGCGUAAUUGAUUGUCACAGGAUAAUCUCAUUGGGAUCAGGACCAGACAAUGGCUUUUCUUGUUACAUCCCUAAUUUUCGCUUUAGUCGGAAUCAUUGCUUCAAUAUGCACUAGAAUCUGCUUCAACAAAGGCCCCUCCACGAAUCUGCUACAUCUUACCUUGGUCAUUACAGCGACUGUCUGCUGUUGGAUGAUGUGGGCAAUUGUAUACAUUGCGCAGAUGAAGCCUCUCAUUGUCCCUAUCCUAAGCGAGGUAGAGUAGAAACUGUCUACUCAACACAAGAACCCAUGUUCUCAAAUUAGGAAACCAAUGCACAAAUUUGAGUAAGAACCUCCCGGGUGCUGUUUCUGUAUCUUUUUUAAACAUAUCGGUUUUACCGUUUGUAAUUCUAAUCUCGGUGUGGAACAACAAAACUUUUCCCCUCUUUACUGUUGAAUCUCUUGUCUCUCAUUCUUUUCUUAAACAGUCUUCAUAAUACUCAAAGACUUUACCAGAGAGUGAGUGUAUUGUUGAUGAAAUAAAUCUUUGCGAGAAUACUCCGCCACUUAUC